AUGCAAGCAGAGCCCAAAGUCCAAAUAUUUAAUCAAAGAACAGAAGAGUCUGUAUCAGAUGAUGACAAAAGGAGGAACUAUGGUGGUGUGUAUGUUGGCUUGCCAUCGGACGCGGCUGCCAUGGUUUCCAGUCAGACGAAAGCUGCACCGAAAG